UUGCAAAAAAUCAAAAACUGACGCAACACACGGGUUAAGUGAAUCAAACCUAUUCGCCUUGCAAAUAUUGAGAAAAAUUAUUAUUCAUUCAUUUUACAAUUAACAUUAGAAACGUAAUCGUUUAAUCAACAAGACAAUGUUUUGAAAUCGACCAAGUAUAUUUGUCGAUAUCAGUGAAAAUGUUUGAAUUCAAAAGAAUUGUAAUGAACAUAAAAAACAAUCUAAUUUUCUAUGUGCGUAAUUAAUUUUGGGGUUAUAACAAACGACGACGAAGAGACGACGACAAAACGGCGUGACGUCAUAUCGUAUGAUCCAAACAACGUUUUCUGAUUGAAAAAAACAAGUGAACACAGAAGAAGUGCUAAGAGAGAAAAUAUAAAUAAAAAAGAAAUACAUAAAUAUUGACUCGGACAUGGAUCCAUCGCUGGACAUGGGAGAAUUCAUCUCCAGCGGCAUGGUGGACUCAUUAGAUCUAUUCAAAGAAGAAGAUGCAAUUUCUUUAAUCAAAGAAAUGAUUCCAGCAGACAUGUUGAAUAGUUUCCUCAAUGACAUGGACAUGGUCGAUUUGAAUGACGAUGUUGUCUUACCCGGGUCACCACAAUUCGAUGUGGAUUUACCCAAACCAGUUGUCAAACAAGAAUCAAUGGUGCCUGCUUCUCCGGUAGCUGGUGGCCUUUAUAAGUCUUUAAUUAGUGACCCAUUGAUGGGCUCGAAUUUUAAUUCUCCAACAUGUUCCUCUAAUAACUCCCUUAACAUCAUUCCCACAACGAUGGUAAACUCUGCCCCGAUUUGUUUGAAAACACAGUUGCCAUCUGCAUCGCCUCCCAUCAUGGCCCAGAAUCCUUCCCCCUUACCUACCACAACGGUGAAUAUCACUCAAAUUAAUCAAAUUGCUCCGCCGACAGUGCCAUCUGUCGGACAGCAAAUUGUUUAUACUACAACUCAGCCUAUGACAACACAGACUUUUGUUUUUCAAAAUGCUGUUAGUCCCCAGCUACCGGUGGUGGACAAUAAAACGGCGGCAGCGACAAUAAUUAAACAACAGACUCCAGUUGUUACUCCGAAGUCGACACCUCCUCCACAUCAUCCAUCAUCUUCUUCUUCUUCGUCGUCUUCUCAUCAUAAACAUUCGGGUGAAAAUAUUCGUAGUAAACCAACGGCAAUUCAGCCGAUGGUGCAACAAGUUCCACAAGUGUUGACACUGCAAAGUGUUGAUAAGCAGCAAGUCUUGGUCCACUCGAAUCCUACUUUGAUGUAUACAACAGCUGGGCCAGCUGCAAACACGCAGAACAUUCAUGCAUUGGUAAAUGGAACUUUAUUGGCGACAACUCGCAUUCCAAUGGUAAUUGAGACAGAGAACAAAGUUCCGAUUAAUCGUGUGCAACCAAAGGUUAAAGAAGUUAAACGAUCAGCUCACAAUGCAAUCGAGCGUCGUUACCGUACCUCAAUAAAUGACAAAAUCAACGAGCUAAAAGAUAUGGUUGUUGGUGAGAGUGCUAAAUUGAAUAAAUCAGCCGUCCUACGAAAAGCCGUCGAUAAGAUAAGAGAUCUUCAACGUAAUAACUACGAGCUGAAAUCUGAAGUUCAAAGGCUACAACGCGCAUUGAAUGCACGUGAUGGCACAAAAGUCAAAGAUCUACUCAAUAACAAUCACAACCACAGUAAUUUGAGCAAGAAGAAACGAAAGAUAUCAAUUGAUGAUGAGAUUUUGUACGGCAAGCAAUUGCUUAUGUUGGAUGAAAGUCCUGUACCAAUGACACCACCAAGAAGUGAUGAAUCAAAUCCAUCCUUAUCACCUUCCCAUUCGGAUAUCUCAUCACCAUCUUCGCCCUAUGAAAGCAGUAAUGGCAGCGUAAAGGAUGAAGAAAUUAUCCCAUCAGUACGAGGAAUGGGCUCACAUUCACGCUUAACACUGUGCAUGUUUAUGUUUGCUGUGUUGGCUAUUAAUCCUUUCAGAGCUUUCCUCGAUAAUGGAUCAUUGGGUGGGGCUGAAGAUGAUGAUUUAAGUGGCGUUAGGAGGAAUAUUCUUUCAGUAGAAGACAGCUUUGUUGGAAACUUAUUCUCAUGGCAAAGUGUCAGUACGUCUAUUCUCCUCUGGACUUUGAACAUUAUUUUCAUGUUUGGAUGUUUGGUUAAACUUCUCUGUUAUGGCGAUCCUCUUCUAAGUUCUCAAUCUCAGGCAGCAGACAAAUACUGGAAACAUAAAAAACGAGCUGAUAUCGAGUUUACACAGGGAAACGCUUCGGCUGCAUAUUCGGAAUAUCUCCUCUGCUUACAAGUCUUUGGAAUAACUCUACCACUUUCUAAAUGGGAAACUUUCAGUUUGACAUCUUGGCAAUUUAUUCGGUUUUUCUUUCAUCGCAUUUGGAUUGGUCGAUGGUUGUCCCGUAAAUCGGGUGGACUCUUCUGUACCGAUUCAACUCGAAAAGAAGCCUUGACAUCGGCUCGUGAACUUUCCCUGGUGGCAAACAGAUUGAAUCAAAUACACUUGGCGACAAAUUUGAAUGAUUCUCAUGGAAUUUUGGUAUCCCUGUUCUCUCUUAACAUGGCCGAAGCUUCCAGUAGCAUUCUAAAUCCAUCGGAUUUGAUUAGCAUUUAUAUGACAGCAGCAUUACGUGUAAAACGAUCAUAUCCACGUUGGUUGAAAUUCUUUGGACGUUAUUAUGUCAGCAAAGCCAAGCAGGAAUCAGCAAAAAUGUGCGAACAAAUUAAGAAAUAUCAAUGGGCUUUUACUCCAUAUGGUUACAAAUAUUUCAUUUCGCAUGAUUUUGAUGCCGCUUCAGGGGACUCAUUGUUUGCUACAUUGAGCAAUAAAGCUGAUCCAAUUUCGUAUGUACUUAAGGAAUAUCGUGAACACCUUCUUUUGAAGGCAAUUCAAUGCCUCGUAGGUGCCAGCAAAUGUGGACGCAAUGACCGUACAAAUAACAAACCAUUGAAGCAGGCAAAAGAAGGAGAUAAUUCUCCACCAGUUCCAAAUCCUCCAUCUGGUACAAUUGUUAGCAAUGUUUUGAAAUACACAACACUUCUCAAGGAUACUAUGUCCCCUGAUGAUGUCGAUAAGAAAAUUGAAUGGUGGUCAAAUGUUUUGAUUGUUUCGGUGCACUGGUUGCUUGGUGAAGAUGAACAAUCCGAAAAACUUUAUGACUCUAUUAAUUCUUUGCCGGAGUGUCUUCAUGUUGAUGGUGAAAGUUUGCCCAAAGCAUUACGUACAGUUUUUCGAGCAAGAACUAUUAUUUUGGCUAAUCCUGAAUUAAAGAAUCCAGAAAAACAGACAGUGAUGAAAUUAUGCGACACUGGAAGUACAUUUUUACAAGAAAGUUUGGCUUGUAAUAAAAUUACACCAGCUAAGGGUCUUAAAUUGCUCUUCCAACUGUUGACUUGUGAUUGGAUUUUGGAGACAAGAACACAAGUAUGGGAAAACGAGUAUGUAGGAGUUGAUGAUGAUGGCCACUACCAAGUACCUGGAAAUCUUUUAGAAAAAUUCCAAAAGGACCUUAACUCUUUGAGGCAUAUUGUGGAAGAUAUUCCUAAUGGUCAAUCACGAAUUUAUCUCUACGAAGCUGUAUGUCGUCUCAUGGCCGGAGCAUCACCUGGACAAACCCAACAAUUACUUGAUCGAAGUCUAAGACACCGUCAUGCACGAAGUUCUAUCAUUUGCGGUGGCAAAGACAAAAAUCACCAAUUUGAUGGUGGUGAACGUGAACGUGCGGCAGCAAUGUAUGUCGCCUGCAAAUAUUUACCAACGAUUCUCCUCUCUUCGCCGGGCGAAAGGGCGGGAAUGUUGGCCGAAGCAGCUAAAACACUGGAAAAGGUUGGAGACAAACGCAAACUAAAAGAUUGCUACACUUUGAUGAAAUCACUAGGAAGUGGCACUGUGUCCAAUGCACAGUAAAGAACAACUAGUUUAUAGGAGCAUUUUAAGUUAAAGUUCAACCAACCAGUGGUUGUUGUUGCGAAUUAAAUUCCCAGCAACAUCAAAAGACACAAGAGACUUUUUUAUUUUUCAAUAUAGCAUUAUGCAUCUACCAAAUCUUUUUAAAUAUUUUAUUCUUUACUAUUUGCUUUCUUAGGGACUAACUAUAAUGAUUAGUAUGUAUUUCAUUUUAUUUUAAUUUUUUUUUUAAUAUUAUGUUAAUGGGUAAAUUAAAAGGGAAGAGCCAUUGCCAAGACACAGAUUUGGAAUCAUACUAUUUUUUUAUUUUCUUUAAUUUAGAAAUUUCUUUUAAUUUUCAUAACUCAAAUUGAGUAAAUUUGGUAAAGUUGCAUUCUAUUUCGAAAUUUAAAUUCAUUUUUUUU